CUGGCGGAUACACAUCCUCAUUCUCCAUGAUUCCAAGCAGGGGCACAGCCCAGCAGAAUGGAAACGGACGAGCAGAGAAUGAAAUUUGGGGAACUGAUGGAAGUAAAGGUGGAUGAAGGUCUGUAUUUCACCAGGAGUGAUACAGGACCUCAGAUUGAGGACAGGGAUCCCAAAAGACUCAACAGCAGUCUAAAGGUCACAUUUGAGGACGUGAUUGCAGAGCCCCCUUCAGUGCGGAGCUUUGAUAAAGUCUGGUUUUGGAGUCAUGCCCUGUUCGAGGUGUCCAGACUGUGGUGCUACCACUUCAUCUCCCUUGUGCUGGCAGUGCCGGUGUCGCUGGCAGCAGGGCUGCUCUUUGCUGUUCUCAGCUGCCUCCACAUCUGGCUGAUCAUGCCCUGCGUGCAGCUUCUUCUCAUCAAUAUGCAGUGGAUCCAGGCUGUGUGGGCCAACAUUCUGAACAUUUUUAUUAGUCCUUUCUUCAGCAGUUUUGGGAAGUGUUAUGGUCAAAUUAUUAUCCACCUGGAGAGUGCUGAAAACUGAUAAAAACUAAUUAUUUAGUAAUUCUAAGAAAGGAGGAGCAGUACUGGAUUGCUAACUAUUUGCUGACAGGGAACAUGUAUCAUUUGUGAUUAUUUUGUGCUUUUAUGCAGGUGUCAUGUUUUUUUGGCAUGCUGACACAUUCAUCAGGUUUUCCAUUUUGUAAUGACAUUGAUGUAUGGACCUUCUAACCACUUCAGCAGAAGCUCACAAGAGCAGGGAAUAUGUGUAUGCUAACAACACAAAUACAAAAUGAGAUGCCACAGGAAGCACAUUUUAAUGAAAAUUAAUAAUUCGCUAAAUUGCUUGCACAUAAACUGUUAUAUGAGUGUGAAGAGAGGCAUGAGAACGGCUGGAGAGACAAAGAUGUUUCUGAUAUUUUGUUUUCAACAUUUAACAAAAUUGUAAAUUAGAUGAAUAAAAGUAUUUCUGACAUAAAGCAAAUGUCUUCAGUUGUUUCUGUAUGUUAGUGUUCCAACCAUGGAAUGUGUCUGGCAGAAUUCAGGAUUUGAAAAUUGAAUUAAACAAUACUCAAAGUUGGACAAGACGGAUCUGAAAAUGUACCACCUUACACCUGUCUCAGUCUAAGAAAGCAGUUGUCCAAUUUCAGCUCAAGAAAUCCUUUGUUGGUGGCUCAGGAAGUAGAGGUUUGUCCUGCAAACGAUGGGUUGCCAGUUCAACCCCAUGCUCUGUCCGUUUCAGUCAUUGUGUCCUUGGGCAAGAAGGCCUGGUGGCGCAGAUUGUAUGGCAACCCCACUUCUGUCAGCAAUGCAGCUUACCACUGUGAAUGAGUAUCUGGAUUGGUUGAUAAUGCUUUAGGGCAAUUUACCAUUUACUUUAUCAGACAUUUAGACAAGCAAAUGUUAAAUCCACUUUGAAACUGUUUCACCACUGCUCGAAGACUACACACACAAUCUACUGUAAUGAUUAUACUAUUGUUGCCUAAGCACACUUUAACAUAUGGACAACAAACCCACAUACUUUUUGACACGUUCAUUUCUGGGUCACAUUUCAAAUUUUAGAAGGAUGUCAUUUACUGUAGCACUCCAAACAAACAGAGCUAUAAACAUGUCCCCUGGGGGCAUAUUUAUAAAAACGUAUGGGCAGAAAACCAUUUAAGAGUAUUUUCUCACAAAUUACAGCCAGCGUAAACACAAAAUAUAGUUAUCAAAUAUUUCAACUUUUAAAAGAAAAAGGAGAUAAAAUAAACCUGGCCUUAUGUUUAGAGUAUAGGGUCAUGGAUAGGUUCGCCACUGUUCCAGUGUCCACAGUAGAUAAUGGCUCUCACUGUGGUUUGCUGAAGUCCUAAAUGGCUUCAUAACCCCUCUCAGACUGAUAGAUGGUAAGGACAUUGUUUGUUCUGUUUUGGGGUUUCUUUUUAUUUGGGCAACGUGUUUUGCAUUUUGCGAUGUUUUAGGCUACUUCAAGUUGUCAGAUAGGUUCUAUUUAAGUGAUUUUCUUAUUUUACAGUUCUGGCAGGAAUCUGGGUAGGGCAUUGCUAAUAUAGUUGGACUCAGCUCUCCAGAAAAUGUAAUUCUUCAUUCAUUACUUAAUUAAUCAGGAGCAAUUACUUUUUCCAUAUAUGUCCAGAAGGUUUGGAUAGUUUUUUUCUCUUGAUAAAUGAAACCAUCAUCUGAAAAAUGCUUUUUGUAUUUACUCAAGUUAUCUUUGUUUGAAACUAAAAUCAAUUUGAGAAUCUGAACCAUUAAAGUAUGACAAAAAACCAAAAAACUGAAGAAAUCUGUAAGAGGGCAAAUAUGAUUUCACAGCACUGUAAUUAGGGAGGUGUAAUUUCAAUAAUUGGAUCUAAGUCCCAAUCAAGGCAUUUUUAAAUUAUUGUUAUCAGAGCCCCUGACUAAAUUUAACCCCUGAUACCUGUUGUUGGUCUAAUGUCUGUGAUUUUAUGGCAACCAAGCCUUCAGUUUAGCUUUUUGUGCUUACAUUUUUAAAAAGUACUAUUAUUGUAUGGUUGAUGGUUGGUACUUGUAUAGCGCUUUUAUUAAGUCUCCUCCUAGGUGCUUUACGCUACAAUCAGUCAUCCACACAUUCACACAAUGAUAGUGGUAGGCUACAUUGUAGCCACAGCUGCCCUGGGGCAGACUGACAGAAGUGGGGUUGCCAUACAGUCAGCUCCACCAGGCCCUCGGACCACCAUCAGCAUGGAAGGCAGGUGAAAUGUUUUGCCCAAGGACACAAUGACUGAGAUGGACGGAGCCAGGGUUCGAACUGGAAACCUACCAGUUACAGGAUGAACCCCUACCACCAGAGCCACCAUCGUAAUAUUUUUAUGUACGCUACCUGUCAAACGUUUUGGAAUGCCUUUCUCACUCAAUGGGUCUCUUCAAUUUCAUGACUAUUUAAAUUGUAGAUUCUCACCAGAGACAACAAAUCU